AUGUGUUUAACAUCUGUUGCUGGAACAUCCAGCUGUUGUCAGGUUCUGGUUCUCCUGGUUCUGAACCUGCUCACCUGCCGGGCCGUUCCGAACCGGUUCUUGGGAGGCGGUGGGAACGGAACCGGUCCCGGCGGGGCUCCAGGUUGCGGUCCGUGCGAACCGGACCUGUGUCCGGAGCCCCGCGGCUGCCGGGCCGGGCUGGUUCCGGACCCCUGCGGCUGCUGUGAGGAAUGCGGGAACCUGGAGGGCCAGGCGUGCGACCCGGGGGCCCGGAACGUGCGCUACGGUCUGUGCGGGGCCGGGCUGCGGUGCCAGGCGGACCCGGGUCCCGCAGGAGGAGAGGACGAAGAGGAGGAGGUGUGCGUGUGUGAGGAGCAGGAGCCGCUCUGUGGUACCGACGGAACCACCUACAUGAACAUGUGCCGGUUCAGGGAGGCCGCCUUCUCCGAACCGGAGCUCCGGACCAGAGGGCCGGGCCCCUGCAGGACAGCCCCCGUCAUUAAGGUGCCCCCUCAGAACCAGGUGAAUGGGUCAGGCUGCAGUCUGGUGUUUCUUUGUGAGGUCUUUGCAUUUCCAAUGGCUCUGGUCGAGUGGAGGAGGGAGGGACGAGACAUUGUCUUACCUGGAGACGACCCUCACAUCUCUGUCCAGUCAAGGGGCGGUCCGUUGAAAUUUGAGCUCUCCAGUUGGCUGCAGAUUGAGGGGGCGGAGCUAAAUGACUCAGGAACCUAUCACUGCACAGCUCGCAACAACCUGGGAUCAGUUUCUGCCUCUGCUGUCCUGGAAGUCCUGGGAGCAGAGGAGCUGUCGUCCUACCUGGCCAACAGUGUGUCUGAGAUGAAACAGCUUAUGGACGACUACGAUCUGGACCUGUACUGAUUCACCCGUGAUGUCACUUCCUUUGUGUCCAGCAGCGGUCACAGGCUUUUAUUUUGGCGAGACAUAAGGACAGAGCAGAGGACGUUCUAAUCAAAGUGUGUGUUACUUCAGGACGUCACAGAGGCUCAGCGGGCGGGCGUCUCCUGGAGGCUGCAGGUUUGAGUCUGCUCCUCUGAAAGACAAAACAACAACAAGCGUAUGUUUAAAGUGUUAG